UAGAGAUGAGAAUAACAAAAGCAAUGAUGAUCAAGAUAGUGAAGACACUGAUGAAAAUGACAAUGAUAGUGAUGAUAAAAAUAGUGAUAACAAAAAGGAUAGUGAUGACGAAGAGAAUGGUAAUAAUAAUGAGAAUAGCAAUAAUGAAGAAGAUAGCGAUAACGAAGAGGAUAGUGAUGACGAAAAGAACAGUAAUGACGAAGAGAGUAGUGAUGAUAAUGAAAAUAGCGAUGAUGAAUAA